AUGGCUGUGGAUUCUGUGUUGUCGUCACCUUUGGGACCUCCGGCAUGUGAGAAGGAUGCGAAGGCGCUUCAGUUCAUUGAAGAAAUGACGAGAAACGCCGACCCCGUUCAAGAGAACGUGCUCGCUGAAAUACUAACUCGGAAUGCUCAGACUGAGUACCUUCAACGAUUCAAACUCAGCGGAGCCACUGAUCGCCAAACAUUCAAAUCUAAACUGCCCAUGAUCACCUACGAAGAUCUUCAACCUGAUAUUCAACGUAUUGCUAACGGUGACCGUUCUUCAAUCUUGUCAGCUCAACCCAUCUCUGAAUUCCUCACCAGCUCUGGGACUUCAGCUGGAGAGAGAAAACUCAUGCCCACUAUUAGAGAAGAGUUGGAUCGUCGUCAGAUGUUAUAUAGCCUUCUUAUGCCUGUUAUGAAUCUUUAUGUACCAGGUUUGGACAAAGGCAAAGGCUUAUACUUCUUGUUCGUGAAGUCCGAAACCAAGACUCCGGGUGGUCUUUUGGCCCGACCAGUACUCACCAGCUACUACAAAAGUGACCACUUCAAGACCCGACCCUAUGACCCGUACAACGUCUACACGAGUCCAAACGAGACCAUCCUCUGUGCUGACUCGUUCCAAAGCAUGUACUCUCAAAUGCUCUGUGGCCUCUACGAGCGCCACCAAGUCCUCCGAGUCGGCGCAGUGUUUGCCUCGGGGCUACUCCGAGCCAUCCGGUUCCUUCAACUCCACUGGCCACAACUAACCCACGACAUCAGAACCGGAACUCUUAACCCGAAAGUUACCGACCCAUCUAUUCGGGAAUGCAUGAGUCGGUUCCUCAAACCCGUCCCCGAGUUGGCUCAGGUCCUUGACUCGGAGUGUUCGAAGGAAAAUUGGGAAGGAAUUAUAACUCGAAUUUGGCCUAACACAAAGUAUCUUGAUGUUAUUGUGACCGGAGCAAUGGCCCAAUACAUACCCACUCUCGAUUAUUACAGUGGUGGGUUACCAUUAGCUUGUACCAUGUAUGCUUCGUCGGAGUGUUAUUUCGGACUCAAUCUCAACCCGAUGUCAAAACCAUCUGAGGUUUCAUAUACCAUCAUGCCAAAUAUGGCCUAUUUCGAGUUCCUCCCACACGGCCACCCAAACUCACCCGGGUUCACUCGUGACUCACCUCCCAAACUCGUUGACCUUGCGGAUGUGGAAGUUGGCAGAGAAUAUGAACUUGUAAUAACCACCUACGCUGGACUUUGCCGAUACCGAGUUGGUGACAUAUUACGAGUCACCGGGUUUCACAACUCAGCACCACAAUUCCACUUUGUGAGGAGGAAGAAUGUAUUACUGAGUAUUGACGCGGACAAGACCGAUGAAGCUGAGUUACAAAAGGCCGUCGACAAUGCUUCUCAACUCCUCCGUGAAACCAACACAAGUGUUGUUGAGUACACGAGUUACGCAGAUACAAAAAGCAUUCCGGGUCACUACGUGAUUUACUGGGAGCUACUCGUGAAGGACUCAGCCUACUCGCCGAGUGAUGAGGUUUUGGCUCAGUGUUGUUUAGCGAUGGAAGAGUCACUCAACUCAGUGUACCGACAAAGCCGAGUUGCGGACAACUCGAUAGGGCCAUUGGAGAUAAGAGUUGUGAAGAGUGGGACCUUUGAAGAGCUCAUGGACUAUGCAAUCUCAAGAGGAGCCUCCAUUAAUCAGUAUAAAGUGCCGAGGUGUGUUAGCUUUUCGCCCAUCAUGGAGCUCCUUGACUCAAGGGCCGUCUCUACUCAUUUCAGUCCAUGUCUGCCUCAUUGGACUCCUGAACGACGUCGUUGUUAG